AUGACAGCCUACGAUGAAAACGAUGUCCCAAUUUUGAAUUUCCACAACCCUGCACAGACUACGUACUAUCCUAAUGGCUUAUACACUUAUGCCAUGGGCAAUACCAGGAAACGUAGUAUUACAGAACAGAUAGGAACCACUAGAGAACAGCACCUUGAUCUACUGUUUCUUGGCUGUGGUGAUCUUAGAAAUGUUCUUUGUACAGUAUCCGAACUCUCACAAAGACGACCUCAUCACUGUCCCAAGAGUAUUGAUAUACACCUGAACGACUACGACCCCACGAUAUUGCCUCGCAAUGCAAUAAUACUCGAUAUUAUCGGGCAUAUAAACCCUGAUAUACCUGAUGAUAUGGAUUUCUUGUGGAAUGUCUGGUACAACAUGACUCUAUCCAAGUCUGAUGACGACAGGCUACGACAAGUUAUCACAUCCUUGAUAAACAAAGACCAGAAUGAUGGGAAUGGCAUUGCACUGCGAUUCCAAGACUCCAGAACUGAACAGGAAUGCUUAAGUGUGUGGAAAGACUGGCUUGAACUCAACCUGGACGUGGAAACCGUCAAAGAAGAAAGAAGAAGGUUUUCUGCACGAAAAAUGUCAAUCAAAACAAUGUGCCUAUAUGUAUUGAAAAACUUACAAAUACUGACGUCAGAUGAUCUUUUGGACGAGUCAAAUCCGUUAUAUCCCGAGAUAGAACAUUGGUUYAUGGAAGGUUCAACAAGCGCAACUGGAACGAGUGCUUCUGUCAUCAACCCAACUUUAAUCCGCCCGUUUACCCAUAAAUGGAAAGUUCACUAUAGUUCUUGUCCCUUCAAAGGGUAUUUUCCCUUCAAAAUGGCCGAUGUUGAAAGAUGUAAAUCUUUAACGUCUGUUUGUAAAGAGAUCCUCGCAUUUUUGGUGAAACAAUUUCAGCAGUUCAACAAGCAACACUCUAUGAAGAUUAGUUUAUGGUCCGGCGAUGCUUUGUGGCUGUGCACCAGCGGAUUACCAAGUGAAAUGCUGUUUGACGUCAUUGAUACAAGUAAUGUCAGUGAUCACAUUGGGUUGUUGAAUGUACUCAUCUGUUGUGGACCAAGAUUGAAAAGASCACUGCAAUCGCAGCUACAGACGUCAAGCAUUUUAUGGUGCAGUAUGUGCAAAAAUAUCCAAGAAUACUACGAUCGGUGUAUUGGUAUCAACACUAAUCUUCUACCAACUGUCCUUGGUUUACACCUUGCUGUUGAUUUGGACAUGGGAAAUAGGAAACUCCCCGAUGACGUCUUAUCCAACGAGGAAUGGCUUUAUUGGGUGAAAGCAGAGACUGUUAGGACUCCUCUUACGCUGACAAGUAAAGAAAGUGAUAUCAUAACAGCAUUAUGGUACCUGACAGAACGAUGCUUUAAUCUCAUCGAAGAGCUGCAUUUCGGUCAAAGGUACGGAGCUUCACUAUCAUCACCCCUAACCCUGCUCAGAAUAAUCCACCAGAUGGGCCCACUUAUCCAAGGAGGAGCUCCAAGGAUUUUCGACCUUUUGGAAACCAAACUGCCCAGUGGGUUUCACCGAGAGCAUGGCUUUAUGUGGAGAUUGGUUAAAUCCGUAGCAAAACAAGAUGGCGGUUCUGUUGUUGAGGUACAAGUCGACCGUCUUCAACUGUCAGUCACAGAAAUGUUUAAGGACAAAACUCCAAUUCCCAAGCUUGUUAUAUUUUCGGAAAAGCAACAUCCAUUUGAUGUAAAUACCAUAUUGUUACGCUAUAUACGUAUCGUUUUUAUAGCAUUUCCAAAUCUACCUAGUACGGAAAUCCUUCUAAGUGGUGGUUUUAACUCCUGCCCAGUCAUUAGCAAUAGUAUUCGAUUUAAUGUUAAGGAAGGAACCGUCACAUUUCACAUGCUAGAGAGCGACUGGAAAAGUAUUGAACCAGAAUCCUUGUGCAACAUCGUUGAGUAUAAAACUGGGAUUCCAGUGUUUUGCUGCGGACCUUUCCUUCUUUUCGAUGAUAAGAUUCGCCUUAAAUAUGUUGAUCCCUUGGCGACAUUUGGACUUCACGCUGUGCAAACAUUCUGCAUCGAAAAUGAUACUGCAUCAUCAAGUGCACUGUUAGAGAUUACCAAACUUGAAGAAGAAAACAGAUCUUACACGGCAGAGCUUGAAAUAUUUGAUGUAGACAAGUGCAAUAUUCUGAAUAUCAAAGACAUGAAAACCCACUUCACUCCUGAAACAUGUCCAACCGAGAUUAAUUUGCAUUUUCCUAGUAUUAUUGGGUGUAAAAUAACUUUCUCGUGUCCCGUCGUGUCGCAUUCUUCAAAGUUCCAAUUAUCUAAAAAGCAAAAAAGAAUAGUUUGUCGCAUUCCAAAGAAAGAACAUUGGGUGACUGGAGAAAUGGUGCUUCGAAACCCAGCACAAGUACCCUUUUACGCCAUGGACAAGUGGGAUACCAAGUCUGACGAUAUAAUAUCGAUUUGUGGUGCAAUGUUUCGCAGCGGUCAUGAUUUGAAACUGAAAUCUUUAAGGGCAACUGGUCCGCCAUUUUAUGCUCUUAGAGAGUCGAUUCAAAUCAUUCUACAAGUGGAGCUAAAAGAACAGUCUUCCCAGUUUGUGCAUUCUGUCGAAGACGAGGAUCACAUACAAAGUCUCAUCAUGCAACCUCGCGAUAUCCUUAGCAAGAUUGGUCUUAUCAUCAAAGUCAAAAAGCCCAUUUACAAGUGGAAGAGCAUACCUUACGCAAAAUGUAUAUUCUAUGAUUGUAAACAGCAUACUGAUAUCAUGAAUAUCAAUCCUGUAAAAGCUGACAAAAUGGCGCUAGACUUUUGGAAAGAAGCUUGUAAUACUCGGAAAGUUCAGGCAGUACAUAGAAUAAUAGCAGAACCAGGAGAAAUUGACCUGUUUCGUAGAAUGCUGUACAUCAACGCAGCCCGCACUGAACAAGAGAAUCCAGCGGUAUCUGUAUGGAAGAGUGCCUUUAUUUGUCCUCUCUACCCAAGGGAUGGUAUGCCUCAUAAGGAUGCAAUGGCGAACCUGGUGGACUUACAAUUGAUUCACAAGAACUUAGACUUACCUGAAGCCACAAAUGUGGGAGGAACUUUUCCACCGGACCAUACAAACCAGCGAGAAAACCUCGGUGACAAAACAGCUGAACCUGCUCAUUGUGCAUUUUGCCAGAAAUUAUCUACACAUCUUAAGAGAUGCAACAGAUGCAAUAAAGUGUCUUAUUGUAAUCAUGAGUGUCAGACGCAGCACUGGAGGAAACAGCACAGACAGUAUUGUUUAGUUUCUACUGAACGUGCACCAAGUAAAGGUUUAUGCAGCCAAACCAAAUCAAUGAAAGCAGAUCUACAAACAUCCCUUGAUUUGUGCUGCGCGUUUUGCAAAAACCCAUCGAAAGAUCUCAAGAAAUGCACAGGGUGUAAGAAAGUAUUUUACUGUAAUCGAGAAUGUCAGAAGCAGCACUGGAAAAAGGAGCACAAACUUGUGUGUAAUAAACGCCAGGGACAAAAUUAACUGUAUAAACUAUACCGGCCAAGAACGCUUGAAUCAAAUCUAAACGAUAUUGUCCUCAAAAGGAAUGUCCCUAAAUGCAGGUUUUACGCUCUGCUAAAAACGACUGAUUCUUCAUUUUGAAUUGGUUUAUAACAGUGGCGUAGCGAAAAAAAAGAAUAAAAUAUUUAAAAAAAUAAUGAUAAACAAAUAAAAAAAGAAUCUUUAUCAGUGCCCCUUUCAUCCCAGGACUCUUAGCUUCAUGCA